AUGGAUCAUGAGCUCCAUUGGCAAGAGACCGUGAGGUGGGUUCUCCUCGUCUUGUCAUCUGACAUUGUCCCGAACCUCCCUGCAAAGAAUGUGAAUGCCAUACACAACCUUUGUAAAGGCUCUUAUGUGGUGAUGAAAACCAAGACAACGACAGGCGCUUGUUUCUAUAUUGGUGACUCGGGUCCUUGA